AUGGUAGCGCUUGACACGCUACUCGACGCCCCGCGGGAGACGCAGCUAGACGCUGAAACGCAAGUCCUGCCUUCCGCUCCGUCGCAGCCUCCCUCUCGUGCGGCCUCUACUGCGUCGUCCUCCGGCUCCUCUUCUUCUGCUUCUUCUUUUCCUUCUUCCUCGUCGUCGUCCUCUUCUUCUGCUUCUUCCUUUCCUUCUUCGUCUUCUGCCUCGUCGUCGUCUUCUCCUUCUAUUCCUGCUUCUUCCUCGUCGUCUUCCUCUCUCGUUUCGUCUUCGGUUUUUGCUCCCGGCGUGCCAGUUCUUCUGGAGGAGAUCUCGCCGCUGCUUCGACUCGCGCCUCCGCCGCGGCCGCCGCGGGUCGAGGGGGGGAAAGAGCCUGCCUUGUCUCUCUUCUCUGCGCUUCUUCAAGCGCUGCCGCGAGUGCCCUCAGACGUCCGCUCCGUGCGCGUCUUCGGCGAACCCGUUUGCUUCUUGCAUGCUAACGCUGUGCUCAUCCAGGGCGUCGUCAACCGGCGCGCGAGACUCCUCGUCGACCUCAGCUGGCUGCCGCCAUCUGUUGUAGCUGUGGCGCGGGCGGCGGUUGACGACAGGCGCGGGCGCAGGCGAGGCGGAGCGAGGCGCCGCGCGGGCGACCCCUCGGACUUCCGCGCGAGGGCGGAAGACGCGCCUAUGCUGCAGUUCAUCGGCGAAAUUUCACGGCUGUCGCUCUCGCUCCUCGAAGAAGAACAGCGCGCGAACCUUUGCGAAGACGACCCAGACGACGAAGAGAGCGAGGAAAAAGAAAACGAGGAGAGGGGGAGAGAGGAGGAGACAGAGGGAGAGGGUAACGACGGAGAGAAGAAGCAACCGCCAGACCGAGUUUGCAGGGCAGACAAGCGAAGGCGAGAUCUCGACGAAGGGGGCGGCAAGGCGCGAGGCGCACGAGAGAGAGACAUUGACGUCUUGAGAGCACGUGUCUGCCGCCGCGUCGACGGGCUCGAGGUGGGUCUCUACCUCCGCGCGCUGUGCCUCUUCCGCCGCGUGCAAGCGGAAGACGAUCAAGGAGAAAACACAAUUUUGACAGAGACCAGUUCGCACGGGGAGUGA